AUGCUCCACGCUUACAUGCUCACAUUUUUGUGCCUACUUUUACUGCUUGGGACCAGCAUUUCGAAGGAUCCAAUCGGUCAGAAUGUCAUCGUUCUACUGAUUGAUGGUUAUGGUGCAAAUGUUCUAAAUGGUUCCAAACCGGAGACGAAAUUUGGCAUACAACACCUGACUUCACAUGGAGUGCAUGCCGAAUAUCUCAAAUCAACAUUUCCUACGCACAGUUGGCCCAAUUGGCUGAGUCUGACUACAGGUCUCUACACUGAAAAUCACGGAAUGACAGCCGAUUACAUGUGGGACAAAGAUUCAAAUUUAAGUUUCGAGCGAGGAAAAGGAGCGAACGACAGCGAAGACAUAUGGUGGGAGUCUCUUCCUGCCCCUCUCUGGUACACAGCUGGGAAAUCCGGAAUUGAUGUGCAUUGUUACUGGUUCGCACACUGCCAUCGGGCACAUUAUGAUAUGGUUGUCAAAGUCCCUCCGCGGCGGUGGACUGACGUAACCGUUCCUGAUCAGACAGACAAACUUGCAGAGGUCUUCCCAGAAAUUGUCAACAGGAUAAUCAGAUACCAAGCUUACAAGCAACAGAUGUUUCUUUUACGCUACGGUGGUGUUGGAAACGCUCUUAGGCAAUUUGGAGCAGAAUCGGAUGAAGCAGAGCAGGCCAUCGCUACGAUUGACCUUUACAUCCACGAGCUUCAACAAAAACUUGAAGAACACGAUUUGUUCACGUCAACAAAUUUGGUAGUACUUUCCGACCAUGGUCUAGCACGGAUAGAGGAAGAGGAGCAGUUCUAUCUGGAGGAGUGUCUUUCUGAUUAUUCUAAGGUCGUAAAGGUAGUGAACCUUCACUCGAUGCUUAUGAUCUUCACCGAACCAGCUGAUGAGGGGCAUGUACAUUUCGAGCUUCGGGUAUGCGAUCAGUGGGCUCCCAUGGGUGAUUAUGAAGAUACUGACACUUUGCUUGUGAAGGCAUACAAGUUGUCGGAGAUACCUGAGAAGCUUCACUGGGCUGGAUCAAGAUUUAUGAGUGGCGUUGUCCUGCUUACAAAACCAGGCACCAGCAUAAUUACGCGUGAACUUCAGUCGAUUCCUUCAGCAACUGACCCUUUGAGGGAAGUAAAACAAACCGGAGGUUGGGAUCCAGAUGCACCUCAAAUGAGAGGCAUUUUUAUGGCUAGAGGACCAGCAUUUAAAGUUGAAGAAAAGGUUGGGCCUAUCGAAAUCGUUGAUGUAUAUCAGAUUCUUCUAAAUAUUCUCGGUGUGGAGCCACCACAUCCACACAAUGGAACAUGGGCAAAGGUGGAAGGAAUGCUUGCUAGCGGCUGGGAAUCUCGGCCGAACAGCGACAAAUUUAACAAAGCAACUAGAUUAUCAAAACAAGCCAGCCGUGAUAAGAGUGUUUCUCUUGGUGGCCGUUAUAGUUGUUAA